GGAGGCCAGGCCGCCCCAGCCGCCCCCUCGCCCCGCCCCUCUGGCCCGCACCCACCCGAGAGCUCAGGGCUGUUAUUACCCCCGAGUCACAGAUGGAAACUGUGCCUCAACGGCCUCCUCGCCUCCAGCCGCGCUUCCUCCCUGGCAUCACGGUGCCUGCGUGCUCCGCCCCAGGAAGACUGGAUUUCAACCCCCUAGGCCCACCCACAGGUGCCCCCACCCCGUCCCCCUCAGGCACCCCUCUCAGGUGGGCAGGGCCCGCCCUCUCUGCGCCUGUUUCCUGGCCUGGCAACGGUACCUGCGCCUGGCGGGUGCUCUAAGCCCCUUCCAGCUCUGGUCAGAAGGCUCAGGCCCCUCCCAGACCUCAGAGGACCGGGUGCUGAAAAUGGACAAGGCGAGGACAAGACUGGGCAGCAAGCUGUGCGGGGCCAGUGCGGUGCUGGAUGCCGCCCUGUAAAGGAGGGGGUCCCUGCCCACCUUGAGGCCAAGUGUGGGGAGGCUGACCUGUGACCCUAGGAGUUGGAGGGCCACCCACGCUGACCUACUCCUCGAGGACCGAAGUCAGGAGACGGUGGCAGGCCAGCUGCCGUGACAGUGGCUGGAGGCCCAACUGGGGCAGAGAGGAGGGUCCCACAGGCCAGAGCCAGGGGAACAUCUGCAGGGGCGACAGGACCCCAAACAAAGAGCCUGGCUGGGUGGCCAAAAGCCAGGGCCUGGAGGGCGACUAAGUGGCCAGAGGACAGUGUCCGGAAUAAGGGGCAGUAGUACGGCUGUGAGCUCCUGACGGCCAGCGGGCCUCAGAACCUGCCAGGGCCAAACAGAGAGCCAGACCUCGCUCGGGCCAGCGGGACUGCCUGUCCCCGCGGCAGCCCCUCCCCUCCUGGCCUCCUCCCCUCCCUCCCCCUGGAGGAGAAGAAACCACAGCGGUGGCACAGGGAGGCGGGGGAGGAAGCACCGGGCAAGGUGGCCGCGCCACCAGGGCCAUCAGCCGGGCAGCCCUGCAAGGCGGAUUCUGGAGGCUGAGUCAGCGCUCUCUUGGGCAAUUGGGCAACCCUGCACCAGAUGACUUCCCAGUCUUCCCCGCUCCUGGAGCGGGGCCCCAGCCCCGAAUGUACCCCAAGGUGGUGGCCCUCAGUCCCUUCUCCUAUUUAUAAAUAGACAGUGAGAGAGAGGAAGGCAGAGCAGGGGAAGGAGAAGCCGCAGCUGCCGCAGGACACUGUCCUCUGAAAGCUCUGCAACGGGGGACGGAGCCUUCUGCUCUUCCUGCCACCACGUGUGCAAUGUCUUUGGGGUUUGUCAAGGCUUUUUUGAGUUUCUGGAGACCCCCCCCCCCUCCAGCUUAGAUGCUAGUAUCCGUGGGGAAGGGGGUUGCACUCCCAGGCUCCCUGGGGAACGCCCCUGCGUGCAGGGAGGGGAGGAGGAGGGAAGGGGCUCCAGGGAGAAGCUUCGGGCUUUGGGGAGUAGCAUGUGCCCCUCGAACCUACCCUGUUCACAGAGUCAGAAAGAUGGGGGCAGGGGCGCGGCCCCAGGAUAAACACCUGCUGUAUACACACGGCACUGGGCACCUCGUGCGUCCCCUCGUUUAUCCCCGCACCGACGUAAGUCAUCAAUGUUACCCCAUUUUAGGGAUGCAGAAAUAGAGGCUUCUGGAGGUUCGACAGUACGUCCGAGAACAGAUAGCCAGCAAGGGGCAGACAGCAGCUAGUCACGGCCACGUCUGCUCCGUGUCCUCGGACGGUUUCAUGCCCUGUUGUCUUGUCCUGCUCCCGAGAGGGACACGACUCCCCUGGGAACACUGAGUGACAAGGCACAGGCGGGCGCAUGACUGUCCCGGGGGGCCUCCAGGGCCCCAGGGGCAGAGGUGCAGCCGUGGGAGGGCGGAGGCGCCUGCGGACCCCAGACCCCUACACAGCUGGAAACCAUCUUCAAGCAAUAGAGAAACCCCAUCAUUUGCAUGGCAGCCCCUGGCCCUGCGGCGCCCGAGGAAGCUGCAGAGCCGUCUGGGGCCCGUCCUUGGGGGCUCGCGGGAGCCCCGGGGACUGCGGGGUGCGGCCACGUCAGGCAGGCCCGAGCUGGGCCCGCGCAGCAGAGGCUCGUCUGCCGUCAUGGAGAGGAACAGCAUCUGCGUCAGAAAAGGCAGACCACAUCACAGGCGGCGGCCCCGAGGUGACACAUCCCACUCCCUGCCUCCUGCCUGUGAUGUCGCUUCAGAAGUGAGCCCGGGGCAGACAGGAAGCCCAGGCUGGUAUCCGGUUCUUGGGGCCGGGCCUUGUGCCGAGUGCCAGCGCUGGACUCGGGCAGGGCGUGGUCGCUGGCUCCUUGGGGGUGGGGGGCACCCCUUUGCACCCCCCUCCCCCCACUGGCCUGCCUGAGUGGCCUCCUCGAUCUCCUCCUCGGCUCCUGCCCCCCAGUCCCGGCGUCUCCUCCAGCCACAGCCUCCUUCCUCGUGGUCUUUCCAGAAGGACCCGAAGCCACCUGCCCCCAGCCAAGCGUGGCUCGGUUUAAAACCACCUGCUCCACCGCCCUCAGGCCUGAGCUCAAGGUCCCCGGGUCUAAUCCCAGCCCGGCCAAUCUGCAGCCUGGGGCCUGUCACCCGUAGGACCGGACAGACAGAUGCAGGCCGGCCACACAGGGCCCCGGAGGGCUGAGCGCGGCCGGCAGUGAGCACCCUGUGCCCUCAGGGCUUCUGGUAGGUCCUUGCUCUUGGCUUGGCCCGGCCCGGCCCCUGCACAGGACACAGCAGGCGCCUAACAGAUGCUGAACUGUUUAACAGAAGCAAAGGUUUUCAUUUCUAAGGAGUCAAAACAAGUUGGAGCCAGCAUGGGACGGGGAGCGGGGGGCGGGCAGGAGAGGGCUCCCAGGAGGGAGGGGUCUGUCCUCAGCUGGGGAGCCCUCCAGGCUGGCGACCACCAUCGCAUCCCCGGGGGAGGUUUCCGAUCGCCCGCGGUGGGAUCCUGGCUCUGCCUCAGUGAGCAGAGGGCUCGACACCGGGGCCUCGGCUGCCCCUCCUAUAAAAUGGGGGUCCUGCGGGUCCCCCUCCCGGGGGCCGUGAGGACUGAGCGCCCAGAGAAGGCCUGGCCCCACCCCCGCCCCCGGAGGUCCUGCCCCGUGCAGGGCCCACCUCCCGGCACACCGGGCACACCUGACAUGAGCGGGUCCAGCCCCGCCAGGGUCUCCGAGCCCUGGCCACGCCCUCCCUGUGGCCCCGCGUUGGCUCUGAUGGUGACCAGUCACUUGGCUCUGGCUGGGGCCAGUCACAGGGCCGAGGGCAGAGGGACCCUGCGUUUCAGGGUGGGACACAGACUCAACUCCGCCUCCCAAGGGCCUCUGUCCCGCGGCCUGUUCCACGGCCCUAGCCCUCCCUGCAGCCCGUGGGGCCCCCUCUGCUUCACUGCCCCUCCAGGCCGCUCUCCCCGCCACUCUCUGCUCUGGCCCCUCCCUGGUUCUCUAACCAGCAGUGGCUCCCACUGCCCCCACCCCGGACAGCACGUUGAAUUCAGACUCCCCCUUACGAGCCAGCAGCACGAGACUUCGAGACUUCGUCUGUUUAAUAAACGUCAGUCUCUUCAUCCGCAGACAGUAUCCGCUCCGGGGGCUGGGGUGAGCCGUCAGGAAAUAGGACACGGAAAGCGCUGGGCGCCCGGGGUGGGGGCUCGGCGGCUAAGCGGCUGCCUUUGGCUCAGGCCAUGAUCUCAGGGCCCGUGAUGCAGCCCCGCAGCCCGCCUCUGCCCCUCCUCCCUCCUCAACUAAAUAGAUAAAACCAUUAAAAAAAAAAAAAGAUGACUAUUUAGUAGCCGCUCCCAAGA